AUGUCUGUCCAAAUAUGCACUGCUGACAGAUAUGCUGUGGGAAUGUAUGGUUAUGAUGUUUGCAUGCACUACAUGGCAUGUGGCUCGGCUGUUGUUGGCAAAACCUUACCUGGAAAAAUGUGUGAAUUUCUGAGCAAUACCUAUACCAGUACAAACUACGACGGAACCGACCCACCAACUUACUAUGUGGCUGGAAAUCCAAGUGAAAAAACUGGAAGCGCAAGUUCUGCAUUGUACACAUCCUUAGUACCUCAAAUUAUUAUGAUUGCAUUGCUUCUACAACUUUUUGGAAAGCAAAUAUGA